AUGUUCACCUUAGUUGUGAAGUUGUAUGACCCAAAGGACUUAUACCUAGCUCUCAAGGAAUAUUUUGAUACCUUGAAAACUGACGAAAAUUGCAGUAAAGCGUUUUUUGCUCAAAAGUACACCAGCUCAUUCUGUCCACGCAAGUUUGGGUCAACGUCCAAAGGGAAAAAACUCAAUAAAAAUAGAAAAUUGACAGAUGUGGAAGAGAAAAACUUGCUACGUUGGGUAGACAAGUUAGUUGCCGAAGGAAGGUCGGUUUUAAGAAAGAAUCUUCAAAAACAAGUUCAGGAAAUUGGCGAAAAUUUGACGAUAGGCCCAGAAUAG